GCGCCGGCCACCGUGCGGCUCACCCCUCCAGCCAGCCAUGUCGAAGUACGGCACCAUCCCCACCUCCUCAUCCUCCCCCGACGGCCCGCCUCCAGGCUCCUCGCUCGACUUCAUCUCCCGCGCCAAGGCCCGGGGCGCGUCGGCGCUGGCGACGCGCCGGCCCUGGCGCGAGCUCGGGGACCCCGGGGCCCUCGCCGUGCCCCGGGGGCUCGGGGACGCCUACCUCCGCGCGCGCGCCAACCUCGCGCACUUCUCCAUGAACUACGCCAUCGUCGUCCUCGUCGUCGUCUUCCUCUCCCUCAUCUGGCACCCCUUCUCCCUCAUCGUCUUCCUCGCCUGCAUGGUCGCCUGGAUCUUCCUCUACUUCCUCCGCGACGUGCCGCUCGCCCUCUUCGGCCGCACCAUCGGCGACGGCGUCGUGCUCGCCGUCCUCUCCGCGCUCACGCUCAUCCUGCUCCUGCUCACCGGCGCCACCGGCAACAUCCUCACCUCGCUGCUCAUCGGGCUCGUCCUCGUCCUGCUGCACGCCCUGCUUCACCGCCCCGCGGAAAACAUCGACGAGGAGGCCGGACGGUGGUACACGCCCGCACCGCCACCGCCGCCCUACUAGUAGUCUCGAAAUUGUGAGCGCCUCCGAUCCUCUCACCAUCUCGCUUCUUGUAAUUAAUCUCGUUGGUUCAUGGUUUGUGAGUUACAUCGAUCUGUUCUUGACCACCUAUUUGCGCACUUGUUAAUGGAUA